AUGGCAGCUGAAGAACACUUUAACAGAAGUGUAAAAUUACAUGUCGAUGGAAGGUACGUUGUAAGUCUCCCGUGGGUACAAGGCCAUCCUCCAUUGCCCACUUGCAAAAAUGUUGCAGAACGAAGGCUAAAGGGCUGCGUUGAAUCACUGAAGAGGAAUGGAAACUUAGAAGCAUACGAAGAAGUGUUUAGAGAGUGGCUUCAAGAAGGCGUUAUUGAAGAGGUUAAGAAUUCCUGUAAAGAAGAAAGUGAACACUUCUUACUUCACAGGGCUGUAGAGAAAGAAAAUUCCACUACAAGAGUCAGACCGAUCUUUGAUGGAUUGGCCAGAGAAAAGAACUCACCUUCUAUCAACAACUGCCUGGAAAAGGAUCCCAACAUCGUCAAGCUCAUUCCCGCCAUCAUGAAUCGAUUUAGAUUAAAGAAAAUAGGCGUUGUUGCGGACAUUCGUAGAGCCUUCCUACAAAUUAGACUGAGUGAGAGUGAUCGACCAUAUCUAAAGUUUUUAUGGUGCGAGGGUAGUGAUCCUGCCAAACCUAAAGUUUUCCAGCAUAGACGGGUUGUAUUCGGACUUUCAUGUUCCCCGUAUCUUUUGAGAGCAACCCUUCCGUUUCAUUUACAGAAUGCUCCUCACCGUUUUGAAAAAACAGCCAUCAAGCUGUUGGAAUCCUUUUACGUGGAUAACUGUGUUACCAAUGUGGAAAAUCCCGAAGAACUUGAGAAAUUUAUUGAGGAAUCCAGGUUGGUUCUUAGCACUGCCGAAUUCGAACUUCGAGGGUGGGAGCACAGUUAUAAUAUUUAA